AUGGAGCAAAGAUCCUGGUUUCAAUCGUUCUCCCCCGCCGCCGCUUCUCACGCUCACCACCCCCAAUUCGUAGAGGCCCACCCCGAGAUCGCGAUUUCGAUCAUCGCCCAGGGGGGCCACCUGGAGGUUACCGACCACCUCCUAUGGGCGGACCAAGGCGAGGAUUUUCUCCACGCCGACGCUCUCGGUCGCCACCUGGAGCAUACGGAGGCGGAUAUCGAGGCCGGGGAGCCAGAGGUGGAAGAGGAGGUUUCCGCGGUGGUCGAGAUGACCAUGGAUACCGACCUAGACGCUCAAUGUCUCGCUCACGAUCUCGAUCACCUAGACGAAGCAUAUCAUAUUCACGAUCGCCCUCGAGAAGCCCACCGCCGAGGCGCGGUGGAGGAAGUAGAGGCGGUUACCGAAGGCGAGAUUCUCCCCCGCGCGGAGGCGGUGGCGGUGGCGCUGGUGGUAGAAGGAGUCCAAGUUACAGUUCAUACGGUAGCUACAGUCGGAGUCGAAGCAGGAGCAGGAGUCGAGGGCGUGGUCCUCCCAGGAGAUAGGAAUGCCGCAUCGAAGAUCAUUACACGCUUCCACACCCGGUAG